CCUCGAGCAACCAGCCUCGAACUCUGCACCAGUUCUCCGCUACCACACCACCACUUUUCCUUGUCCAUUUCACACAGCAAAAUGGCCAGCAUACCUGCAGGUGUCUACGGACUUCGCGUCCCCGCUGGCGGCCAGCCAAUUCCCGCCAGCGUGAACCCCAAUGUUGCUUUCCGCAUCACCAUGGCUGCAAUCGACCCCACCGCCGAGGUUGAGGCUGGGCCGGCUCGUGCUACCCUCAAGCUCAUCCGCAUCCAGGACGACGACGAGGAUGAGGACGACGACGACGAUGACUUCGACCCCGACAACAUCGAGGAGCUGCGCGCAAAGCUACUUGCUGACGGCGUCCUUGGCUCCGAGGACGAGUCGGACGAGGACGAGGACGAGAGCGAGGAGGAGACCAACGGCGGGCCUAGUGAUCCCGCCAAGUCCAAGCAGGCCAAGCGCGAGGCGCUGCAGAAGAAGCUCCAGGAGGAGGCUGCCGCCGAGGAGAUGGAGAUUGACAGCAUCACCAACGGCGUGAACGGUAAGGGCAAGGGCAAGGCUCUCGACGACGAGGACAGCGAUGAGAGCGAUUCCGAGGAGGGCGACGAGGCUGAGGAGCUCGUGCUCUGCACCCUCGACCCGGAGAAGCACUGGCAGCAGACCCUGGAGAUCACCGUCCGCGAGGGCGAGGAGAUCUACUUCUCUUCCAAUGGUUCCCACGACAUCUACCUUACCGGUAACUACGUUGCCAUCAUGGACGACGAGGAUGACGAUGAUGAGCGGGAUCUCUACGGUCUUGGCGAGGACGACUAUGAUGAGUCGCCUGAUGAGGACGAGCUUGAUGAGGAGCUCUCUGAGUUGGACUCGGAGGAGGACUCCCUCGACGACCUUGCUGAUCCUCGCAUCACCGAGGUCGACUCCGAGGAGGAGGCCCCCAAGCUGGUCAAGGCCGACAAGAAGGGCAAGAACAAGCGCCCCGCACAGGAUGAGGAUGAGGGCGAGGCCAUGACUCUCGACGAACUCAUCACCAAGACCAAGGCUGAGGCUCCCGCCGCCAACGGCGAGAAGCCCAGCAAAAAGCAGGCCAAGAAGCUCAAGAACAACGAGGGCCAGGCCGUUGCUGCCGCUGAGCCCGCAAAGGAGGCUAAGAAGGUGGAUACCCCCAGCAGUGACAAGAAGAAGGUUCAAUUCGCUAAGAACCUCGAGCAGGGUCCUACGGGCUCGCCCAAGGUCGCCGAGGCGAAGAAGGAGCCGACCAAGGGCCCCCGUAACGUCGGCGGUGUCACCGUCGAGGACAAGAAGGAGGGCAAGGGCAAGGCUGCUAAGAAGGGCGACAAGAUCGAGAUGCGCUACAUCGGCAAGCUGAAGAACGGAAAGCAGUUCGAUGCCAACAAGAAGGGCAAGCCGUUCUCCUUUAAGCUUGGCGUCGGCGAGGUCAUCAAGGGAUGGGACGUCGGUGUCGCUGGCAUGCAGGCUGGCGCCGAGCGCCGCCUCACGAUCCCCGCGAAGCUCGCAUACGGCUCCAAGGCGCUGCCCGGCAUACCCGCCAACUCCGAGCUCAUCUUUGAUAUCAAGUGUAUCUCGGUGUCGUAGACGUCCGCAUCCCCCGGUAAGAUAGACAGGUGUCCCACUUCCCUCACAUGUACUGUACAGUGUAGCGGACUCCACUCCUGCGCCCGCCUGCGCAGGCUACGUGUAAUGCAUGCAUUCUUUGUUGCAUCCAUGCAGCUUGCCGCGCUUGUGCGCCUCGCCUUCCAUAUCUGUUUCCUUGCUACUGUCUGUUUGUCUGCUUUGUACUGCAUAGCGCUAUGAGAUAUCCGACUUGCAUCCUCUAGUUUCACGAGAUCCGUGCAGGGAGGAAGGAUUUCUCGCCGGCCUCCAUAGUCACUGUUCUUCUUAAUCUGUUGCCAUCCGGGUCACUGAUAUAGCGAGGCGAUGCUGCCUACCGUGGCGGCAGGCAUAUGCCGAGGAUGCUAAUCUGUAAAAGUUAGGAGUUCACGGUGGAUGGAGAGUUAUGUAGGCAAUAGAUGUUUGUUCUGAU